ACUCACUUCUCUUCUAAGUUCAAGGUCACAAAGAGUCCAAUAGAAGAACGAUUCAUCAAUUUCAUAAAAAUCAUCACUUUGCAUUUAAAAAAAAUGAGUUUUCUUGAUCUAUGCUUACUUCUUCUAUCAACCAUCACAAGUGUUAAUGCAUGGUCAAACGCCCAUGCCACCUUCUACGGAGGUCACGACGCCUCCGGCACAAUGGGUGGAGCUUGUGGGUACGGAAAUCUAUAUAGUCAAGGAUACGGUACAACCACAGUUGCACUAAGUACAAGUCUCUUCAACAACGGUCUUACAUGCGGUGCGUGUUUUGAGAUCAAGUGUUUUAACGACCAAAAAUGGUGCCACCCGGGAUCAAUCAUUGUCACGGCUACAAACUUUUGCCCACCAAACAACGCGCUCUCUAACAACAAUGGCGGUUGGUGUAAUCCGCCCUUGCAACACUUUGACCUCGCCCAACCCAUCUUUAACCGUAUUGCUCGAGAAAAAGCCGGGAUAAUACCAGUUCAAUAUAGAAGAGUUGCUUGCAGAAAGAGUGGUGGGAUUAGGUUCACGAUUAAUGGUCACUCGUAUUUUAACUUGGUGCUUGUGACCAAUGUCGGUGGAGCGGGUGAUGUCAUCUCGGUGUCUGUAAAGGGGUCGAAAGGUGGAGCCACAUGGCAAAAGAUGAGUCGAAAUUGGGGUCAAAAUUGGCAGAGUAACAGUUACCUUAAUGGUCAAACUCUAUCGUUUAAAGUUACAACAAGUGAUGGCAAAACUGUAAUUUCUAACAAUGUUGCACCUGCGAACUGGUCGUUUGGGCAAACAUACACGGGAAGACAGUUUUAGCAUCCUAACUCAAAAUUCUACUCUUCGGUUGUUUAUGUUACUAAUUGGUUCAUAGAUUUUUAUAGUGAUCAAGAUCCAAUUUAAUGGGCUCUUUUUACAAAGCCCAGAUUGGAUGCCUAAACGAUACUACAAAUUCUUAAAGAUUGUUAGUAGUAUGAUUUGAAAACCAACAAGGGUUGGUAUUUAGUAUGUGUAUUUCUUAGAGAACUAGUAGUUGUGUGUGUUGUAAUCAUGCUCAAUAUUGGAAUGAGUGUGGUGCUAAAAACUGAUCCACUAUUGGUUUUAACUUUUGAGGAAUUGUCUCCUUUAAGUUAAAUAAUGCUUUAAAAAAGAUUGUUUAUUGUGAUAAGAUGAUUAAAGGAGAAGUUUUCCAGAUGGGACUUAAAAACCCAUAAAUUACAAUACUUAAUAACUGAUAAACAUGUAUAUUACUUAUGUAUAAAAGAUAUGUGAAUCUUGUCAUCUACAAAAGACUGAAUUUAUGUUACGUCAAAUUGCAUCAAAGAGAGACAACAUACAGCAACACCGGAGAUCCAGAGGGAGGACCAGCUUCAACCAUCAACAGCCGCAUUACUUCGAUCGGAUUUUUGAAUUUCAGGCUUUAUUCCACAAACUAACAAUCAAGCAAGAAUCGUCUCUGGAUCAAAGCAAACACAAUUACGAAUAUAAAUAACAAAUAUAUGACACUUUAUUGAGAAAAAGAGCAUUUUGAUCUUGAAAAUCAUAGUUUACUUUUACAAACAAGGGGCUUUAAUUUGAAAAUCAACAAGUAAAAUCCUAAAUUGCCGAAAAAAAUCUAUUGAUUUCGAAAAAGUCAGGGGCUUUAAUUUGUAGAGACUAAAAACGAAUGCAUAAAUCAACCUAAUAAAGAAAAAUAAUUUGUUUUGGUUAGCCCGCGCGGCCAUCAUCGCCCCGAUUAUAAUCGAAUUUAUGGCUCCGGAAGCGGGCAGUCUUCAUCGCGGAUGACCGGAGGAACUAAGGAAGAGAAUAGCGAUUAGGCGAACUGAGAAGAUCAUGACGGAGUCUCCUGCAACCAUUAAACACCAGAAGAUGUCGUGGAUGGGUGACAAUAUCCGCCAUGUUUCUCCGAUACGACUAUCACCAUCGCCGCCGUAGUCCCUUCCCGGUACCGCUCAGAUAAGAUCAAGUAGUGUUAAACCCUAGCUUUAGGGUUUUGUUCUCCUUUU